AUGUCGUCUUGGCGCUAUGCCGAGCGCCCGCGAGCUUCUUCCAGCUCCACCACUCGCCUCACGGUCCGCUUCGGCCACGCCACGAUCGAUGCCACGGUCACCCGCGACGCCGCAGCGGCCGACGAGUGGGUCCGCACCGUCCGCGCCUCUGCCCCUCGCGGCGGCGGCCGGCUCAUCGUCGGCCUCGACUGCGAGUGGAAGCCCAACUACAGGCGGUGGACGACCUCCAGGGUGGCCAUCCUCCAGCUCUGCGCCGGCACCCAUUGCCUCGUCCUCCAGCUGUUCUACGUCGAUCGCGUCCCGGCGUCCAUCAGGAGCUUCCUCGCAGACCCCGACGUGCGGUUCGUCGGCAUCGGCGUCGGCGAGGACGCCGCGAAGCUUGAUGCCGACUACGGGCUCACGUGCGCGGCCCCGGUGGACCUGGAGGGCCGCUGCAACGAUCUCCUCGGGCUGACGGGCCGGAGGAGCCUAGGCCUCAAGGGCUACGCGAGGGAGGUGCUGGGCCUGACCAUGGAGAAGCCCAUGAACGUCACCAUGAGCAACUGGGAGAAGCACGAUCUCGACUUGGCACAGAUCCAGUACGCAUGCAUCGACGCGUACGUGUCUUACAAGCUGGGCGAGAGGGUUCUCGUCAACUGA